ACAAAGAGUAUUAUUGAUUGCUAUCUAGAUUUCAUUUAUAAUGUCUUCACAACUUUUGACGCUCCUCUUUCUCUUAUCUGCUGCUGUGAUCUACCACAUCCCCGUCGUGACUUGUAGAACAUGGUGCUCGGCGAUGCCUUCUUCCACAGCUGAGCAGUUACAAUCCAACAUUAACUUUGCUUGCAAUCAUGUGGAUUGUUCACCGAUCCAACCCGGUGGAUUUUGCUAUUACCCUAAUACUUUACUAGAGCAUGCUUCGUUUGUCAUGAACCUUUACUACACAAGUCAAGACCGCAUUGCUUCUGCUUGUAGCUUUGGCAAUACUGGUUACAUUAGCUAUUCCGACCCAAGUGCUGGCACAUGUGGCCGCCUUUAAACUUGAUGAAACAAAGAAAAAUCUUCAUCAAAAUUAUAAAGUGUUAUUUUGUUUUAAUAAUGGGUUUCUGUUUCGGACUCUUGUAUUCCCAAACUGAAAUAAAUGAAAUAGACGUUAUUAAAUAAAUUAUUCUGAAGUUUCCAUGUUCUUAGUGAUGACGUACGUCUUUUAUUUUUCUUUUACUAUUAUUGUGGUUCAAGACUCUUAAGUUGUCUUUGAACUCGUUAAUCGUUAUAGAAUUUAAAAUUGGAGACCUCAAUUUUUAUUUGUUACAAAUAGU